UAAUACUUUGAGAUGGCGUGGUUUUACUCUGAGUUUUGUCUUUGUUUGCUUCUUUUUAGUUUUCCCAUUUCUUUGUCCGACCCCGCUUUGCCUGAAAAUCAAACAGAAGCAGUGAAGGGUCUCAUCAGUCGUCUUCUUGGCGAGGAUUACGUUGAGAAGUUCGACUUGCAAAUCAUUUCUGCAACAAGCCAGGGACGUGAUGUGUUUGAAAUCGACAGUUCUGGAAAUGCAGACCAAGUUACUAUAAGAGGAAAUACUGGUGUUGCAAUGGCAUCUGGUUUCAAUUGGUAUCUAAAGUAUUACUGCAAUUGCCACGUCUCAUGGGGAGUCAAUGGAACAGGAGACCAGCUGAAUGUUCCAACUCCAUUACCUCGGGUAACACAGAAGGUUCGAAUUGAGAGUCCAGUGAAGUAUCGAUACUAUAUGAAUGUCUGCACUGUGUCAUACUCAAUGGUUUGGUGGGACUGGCAGAGAUGGCAACGUGAAAUAGACUGGAUGGCUCUUCAGGGAAUCAACUUGCCUUUGUCAUUUACAGGGCAAGAGCUGAUAUGGGCUGAGACGUUUAUCCAACUUGGACUAAGUGAGGCAGAACUUGAGGAAUACUUCAGUGGACCUGCAUUUCUUGCAUGGAAUAGAAUGGGUAACAUGAGGGGAUGGGGUGGUCCUCUUUCGAAAAGUUGGAGAAGCAAGCAGGCUAAUUUGCAAAAGCAGAUUCUUCAGCAACAGAGACAGUUUGGAAUGACAUCUGUUUUGCCUGGAUUCUCAGGUCAUGUUCCAAAGGAACUUCAGAAGAUCUUUCCACAUGCAAAUUUGUCAAGGUCACCAGAUUGGGGACGGUUCAAUGACACAUAUUGCUGUGUUUAUCUUUUGAGUCCUGCAGACCCUGAGUUUAGUGUGAUUGCUAAGAAAUUUAUUGAAGUGUUAAUGGAGAACUUUGGAACAGAUCAUGUUUAUAAUGUGGACACGUUCAAUGAAAUGAAUCCUGCUUCAAAAGACCCAACAUACUUGGCAGCAACUAGUUCUGCAGUAUUGAAGGGUUUACAGUCAGCUGAUCCAGAUGCAGUUUGGUUGAUGCAGGGCUGGCUCUUUUUAUCUGGAUUUUGGGGAGCUGACGAAAUGAAGGCAUAUUUGAAUGUGAUUCCUAACAACAAAAUGAUCAUCCUUGAUCUUGAUACAGAGAAUCGUCCAAUAUGGAAGAAAUCAGACUCAUACUAUGGGAAGCCAUUUGUUUGGUGCAUGUUGCAUAAUUUUGGAGGCACUCGUGGUUUGUAUGGCAAUUUGACCAGAAUUGCCACUGGCCCUCUUGCUGAUCGUGCUGCCCCUGGCAGUACCAUGGAUGGUGUGGGAAUAACGAUGGAGGCUAUUGAACAUAACCCCAUAGUGUAUGAAUUAAUGCUAGAAAUGGGGUGGAGAAGUUCACCGUUUGAUUUGGAUGAAUGGGUUCGACAAUAUGCUGUUCGGAGAUAUGGAACGAAGAAUGAUGCUCUUUUAGCAGCAUGGCAUAUCCUUCAAACUACUCUUUAUACUAUUCCUUCCACUUCAAAGUCCCAAGUUGAGGUUCGGCCAUCUAUUACAAUUGGUAAAAACUACUCUCCUAAUACAACGGCUUUAGUGCAGGCAUGGCGCUUGUUUGUUCAAGGUGCUUUAGAAAUCAAACCAGUUGGCCCCUUUCGAUAUGACUUGGUAGAUGUGACACGACAGGCACUUUUAAAUUUGUUUACUGACUUUCACUCAAUGUUUAUGGUAGCAUAUCAGCGGUACCAGCUUUAUCAUGUCAAUUCUAGUGUUGAGUUCAAUUCAAUUGUGUCUGUAAUGUUGGAGAUUAUUGAUGAUCUUGAUCAGUUGUUGGGUAGUGAUGUUAACUUCCUGCUUGGGAUAUGGACAACUACAGCUCGCAGUUGGGGUGAUACAGAGGAAGAGAAGAACCUAAUGGAACUGAAUGCUCGAAAUCAAGUCACACUCUGGGGUCCCAGAGGCAAUAUUGAAGACUAUGCUUCUAAGAAUGGAUGGUCAGGUCUUGUUGGUGAUUAUUAUUUGAGCAGAUGGCAUUUGUUUGUGUCAAGGUUGCAAGGUUCUAUACAUGAUGGAACUGCAAUGGACUUUAAUGCUUAUGAAUCAGAUCUGCUGCAGUUGGAACAGAAAUGGUCCUAUACUGUAAAACCAUUUAGCAUAAUACCAGUUGGAGAAACAGUUUCCAUAGCAAAAAGUCUUGUGACAAAAUGGGGAAAGUCUUCAACUCAAGGGUAUGAUGUUGUUCCUGAGACUGACGCUUCCGGCCAUGACCUCCUUUGGGGAACUAGUCAAAUGUGGACACGGGAUGUGGAACAAUUGAAAUUGCUCUGCAACUCUGACGCUCUCUGCGCAGGAUUCAACACAAAUGGAUACCUCAAGAACAUGACAGCUAGCGCUGUGCGCGUACAUUCUCCCAACACUGACUUGUAUGUGAAGAUCAUGUAACAGUUGAUCACCACGCUUCCUGUUUUUUUCUUGGGUGACUUUUUUGUCUAGUUAUUUAGUUAUGAUGAAUUCUUUGCAAUAAUUUGCACUUGCUUUCUCAAAUGGACGUUUCCCUGUUAUGGUCC